CUACCGCCUUUGACACUUUGCCAGUAGAAUUUCUGUUUACGUGUAUGAUUUUUUGGGUUCUAUUAACUUUUAAAUGUUCCUAAUCGGACUGUCUGUAGUUAAUAAAUAAAAAAGAACACAUCACAAAGGGUUCUUUAUUUAUCAUUAUCAUUCGAUUAUUAAAUCAAAGACGCAAUGGCCAUACAUGUCAAUGCAAAUACUUUAAAAUACGUCAGUCUAAUCACUCUAACACUACAAAAUGCUGUUCUUGGACUCAGCAUGCGGUACUCACGGACUCGUUCAAAGGAUAUGUUCCUCAGUUCAACCGCGGUGUUAAUGUCAGAGGUGGCUAAACUGAUAACGUGCAUUGUUUUGGUGUUCAAUGAGGAGGGCAAAGAUGCACGGAAAUUCGUGAAAACCAUCAAGAGGACCAUCAUUGAAAACCCCAUUGACACACUCAAAGUGUGUGUUCCUUCCAUGGUCUACAUCGUGCAGAAUAACUUACUCUAUGUCUCAGCAUCGCAUUUGGAUGCUGCCACGUACCAAGUAACAUAUCAACUAAAAAUUCUCACAACAGCAAUGUUCGCGGUAGUGAUCUUGCGUCGUAAACUCUUAUCUACUCAAUGGGGUGCUUUAGUUCUGCUUCUUGUAGGCAUAGUUUGUGUGCAGUUAGCUCAGACCGAAGAACCCGAUGUUGCUUAUGCGGCAGCUGCCUCGAGACCUGUACAAAAUCGUAUGCUAGGCUUGUGGGCAGCGAUAGGGGCUUGUUUCUUGUCCGGUUUUGCGGGUAUAUACUUUGAGAAAAUUCUCAAAGGUGCAGAAAUCUCAGUGUGGAUGAGAAAUGUGCAACUCAGUUUACUUAGUAUUCCCUUUGGUGCCAUCACGUGUUUCCUAAACGAUGGAGAUCGAAUUCUCAAAGACGGAUUUUUCGUCGGUUACGAUGGAUUCAUUUGGUAUCUUGUGCUUCUGCAGGCCGGUGGAGGUCUAAUUGUUGCUGUUGUUGUAAAAUAUGCCGACAACAUUCUGAAAGGCUUUGCAACUUCGCUUGCAAUCAUUAUUUCAUGCGUGGCAUCUAUUUACCUAUUCGAUUUCAAUUUAACUCUACAAUUCUCUGCCGGUGCUGCAUUAGUAAUAGCUUCGAUAUUUUUGUAUGGCUAUGAUCCAAACAAAGGAGCUAAACUGGCAGUACGACCCACUCUGGAUGAGGAAAAGCUUUUGCCUCGUGUUUAGGGUUUGAUUAGCUUUACUGCAAAAAAGUAGGUUUAACUGACCAUUCCUCUAAGCAAAGUUAGAAGUAACUCCAUUGCACAUCAUAUCACACUGAGUGAAUCCUUUUUGCCAGUAUUUUUCUUUUAUAAAUAUGUAUACAUAGAUAGAUAUUUUAUUUUAUUUUAAGAGAGCUGAGUUAAAUGUUUCAUAAAUGUUUUUUGAAAAACAUACAAAUAUCUCAGAAAUACUCUCAGGCAAGUAAAUUUUUAAGACUAACUCACUUGUUUGGGAGUUACUGUUCUUGUUUGUCAUGUCACGAAAAUGCAAGGACAUAUAUUAAUAUAAGAAGCCUUUUUUCAAUUUUGGACACAUUACCAAUAGAAUACCUUCGGAACCGAUGUUGAAGACUGAUUUUGCAAUACACCUCGUCGGUCGGUAAGGAAGAAAGACAACUUUAAUAUGUUUUAUUCAAUCUUCUUUUCUACUCCCUAAAAUAUUGGUUUGUUUUCAGUGUUUUCCACGAUUGAAAUUUGAAAUCUUUAGGUUUGCUUUGAUUUUUGGUUGUGCACAAAGUUAAUGACACAUAUUUACAUAUUGAACUCUUUUUAUUCCAAUAAUAUCUCAUUUAUAAAGGUUUCUCUAUGAAGAACCUUAUACCUGUAUUUAUUCCUUAUACUCUCCCAGAUGGUACUUAAAAUAUGUGUUUUUGUAUUGUAUGAUUAUACUUAAUAUUAUUGUGUUAAGAGAUUGUCUUAGAAAUAAUUAAUUUGUUUUAUAAAAAAUGAAAAAUUGUUUAAACUCAUGAAUAUUUUAUAUUAAAUAGAAACAAAAAACUAUA